AUGCUUGACAUCCUCAUUUCUAUAUUCACCUUUAUUCCGCAUUUUAAUUUUCAAUUCAAAAGGAUCCCUAACAACUUCGAGCUCAGUUGGCGAAGUGAAUAUGCGCAGAGUCUGGCGCUCUUGGCGGCCGCAUGUGGCAUCAUCACACUUCUGUUGCUUCUCACUAUUGUGAUCACAUGGAUAUGUCAAUGUUGUUCACGCGAAGAAACGGCUGGAAAAUCCCGAAGAAAAGUUCGACGAUUAUCAACAAUACUGUUUAUUCUAAGCGUACUUUGUUUCAUAUUCCUCGGACUCUGCCUUUUCGGCAACGAACAUAUCAAUCGUGGAGUGACUAAAUCCCUAAAUGGUUUAGCUGACAUCAAUCGUGGAUUCAAACUCGCUGUUGCUCAGACGAACAGCCUGAAUGACACAUGUCAAAACGCGUCAUUACAUAUAAAAAAUUUGGAGGAUAUUGUACAUCAAAAGAGUAAAGCUCCAGGAAUAAAUGGAACUCUGGUGACGCAGGUGGAUACUGUGCUCACAUACAUCACGGAUGGUAUGGAUACGGUAAGGGAGAAGCUGAAAAUGUUGCAAAAAACAUUAAACGAAGUCAACUUUUUGGAAUCCGCUGAAGUAUACGGGGAGCGGAUCGAGUUGGAGCGAUGGAUGUUAUUGGUUACGCUACUUUCGAUAAUGAUGUGUGUACUAUUUGCCGGAGUUAUAUCGUUUUGUCGACAAUCGAAGAAAGGUGCAGUGGUGUUCUCCGGCCUCGGUAUCGUCAUCUUUCUGGUCGUAUGGACUCUGUUCUGCCUCGUUCUGCCUCUUACAGUAGCGCUUGUGGAUUUCUGCUCAUCCGGUGGACAAUUUAUACGUUCAAGGAUCAGUCAUCCAAUGUUGAACGCUAUGGAAUUCUAUCAAACAUGUGAUGCAAGGCCAACACAUGACAAUGUGCCACCAAUUAUGGGAGCAACAAAUAUCAGUAACACACUCACAACAUUCCAAACUAAUAGAACUCAACUUGACUCACUCCUGGAUGCUACUUUCAAACACGAUCCUACGGUUUCCAAUUCUUCUGCCCUUGUAGCUGAUGACACAGUUCGUGCUCUGAAAGGGAUCGGAGCGCUCGAGUCCACAUUAGCAUGCUAUGCAUAUCGUGAAAGUGUUCGAUCAAUGAAUUCUGGAAUUUGCAAUCAAGCUAUAAUCGGAUCGUCUGUGCUCACAUUCUGCCUACUCUCAUUAGGAUUAUUCCUGUUCACACUUCUUGUCAUCGUUUCACGUUCAUGGAAUCUCUUUACAAGACUCUACACUAACCAUGUACGAUAUCGUCCAAUGCCCUAUGAUACAAGAUCAGAUGCGGCGAUGUACUUUCGUGUGCCGACCACCCAGGAUUCGUUGGCCGCCUGGCACUGCGCGAUUCACGACGACACGAAGCGAGUCUCGUUUCGCCCCUCUGAUUAUGUAGAGGUGGAUGAGGACGAUCCGUUCUUCCCACGUACAAAUGAUUCCAUGAUACCGGUGGAUAUCUACGGAACACAUGUUUUUAAUCCACGAACACGGGAACGCACUGAACCAUCCACAAAUACCACAACAGCAACCGGGAACGGAUCCGGUGACGAUCAAACGGCCCCGUUGUGGAAUACUGCUAGUGCGCCUCCUGCAUCAAGCUCCACUCGUUCACCAUACAAUGAGAACUCGUAUGGAAACUAUAUGAACAAUCGAUACGACGUCUAA